AUGGAGCGCUCAAUCUUUCUUCUCGCCGCGCUGUUCUUGCUGACGUGUCUCGCGUUUCCCCCUGUUGGAUGUGUACCGUUGAAUGACUCCCAAGGGCAAAUUCUCCAGGAGCUGAAUAUAGCUUGGGGCAGGAACUUCAGUGGGUGGGAACCAGGAGCGGAGUGCAGCACUAACGGAACUGUGAAGAAUAAUUUGAUGGACCAGAUUAGUUGCAACGCCGAUGGCAUCGUCACAAGCAUGGAUUUAUACUACGUUCCCUUGAAUAGAAUUCUCCCGUCUAUUAUCACAGAUUUGAUUGGCCUCACACAUUUAAGGCUUUCAGGAGUUCACUUUACCGGGUCAUUUCCUGAUCAGAUCACCAACCUUCCUAACCUGUCUUAUCUGGACCUCUCAUUAAAUUAUAUAAGUGGCCCCAUUCCUUACUCUAUCGGCAAUUUGGACAGCCUUACCUAUCUGUAUUUAGCAUACAACGACCUAAACGGAUCCAUUCCCAACAGCAUUGGCAGCAUGAAUAGCCUUGCACAUAUGGAUUUAGGGGCAAAUAAGCUGCAAGGGAGCAUACCGCCUGCUAUGUACAGCCCUGGCAUGACCAGGCUCACUCAUCUAGACCUGAGCUACAACUUCAUCGAUGGGCAAAUCGUGGGAACUGUAGAUAAUCUACGGAACUUGAGAUACCUCGACAUUCGUGCGACCAAUUUGACAGGACCUCUCCCUCGAACACUUGGUACCUUUUCGAGCCUAACAUAUUUGAAUAUCUCACAAACUGGUUUGACAUGCCCAGCUGACAACAGUGAAUGCGGAUACACACAGAUUAUUAAAUCAAACGCAUUCUGCCAGCUGUGCUCUUCAUUCUGCAACACUUGUGUACCUCCAAAGCAAAGUGAAGGAGGGGGGGUCUCAACAGUAGGAAUCAUCCUUCUUGUGGUGGUGAUUCUGGUUGGGCUUGCCGCUUUCCUGUUCGUCGUGCUAUUCGUGUGGCGUUGCUACAAAGCAAGGGCUGCAAGGAGACUGGCUAAGGAUGGGCUGGAGAGCGAUGCAUCUUUGGAAGUGGUGUCUCAAGACAAGGAGGACGACGACCCAGAAUCCCAAAAAGCAGCAUCAGAUGCAAUAGCUUUGGCACCGGCAGUUGUGAAGGAGAUGGCCUGCAAGCACCAUCCAGGUCUCGUGUUAAUUAACUGCAUUGGCUUUGGAGUGGUGAUGCUUGUGGUAAUCACGGCUCGCAAGGCAGUUCAUGUGACAGAGGACACCCUUUUCAACCUCAAGCAAUGGGUGGCUCCCCUAGUGGCAUCAAGCAACGUAGCAGCCUUCAAGGACCCAUAUCUCACCGCACCAGACGAUCUGAUUCUCCGCAUGGCUCGCCUCGCCCUCUCCUGCACCGCCAUGCCCACGGCAUCUCGCCCCACAAUGAGCCAAGUGCUGGUGGAACUGGUUAAAAUGAGGAGCGAGGUGGUGGAGAAGGGGAGCAGAGCCUUGUCACGCAUUGACAGGGAGAUUGACAGCUCUGCUGAGGCUGAUUUUGAUGCCCAGAUGGCUCGUCUGGAGUUUGUUGGCAGCCAGAGUAACCCAUCUUCGGACAUGGUCUGA